CUCUACCAAGUGAAAGAGAAUGUUUGUUUUGGUUGAGAUGAAAGAUACUGUGAGGAUUCCUCCUUGGCUUUUUCACAUAAACUUCAAUGAUGCGGUAGUAGAAACUCUCAACAAAAAAUUUGCAAACAAGGUUGUCCACAAUGUUGGCUUGUGUGUCACUCUCUGGGAUAUUAUCAAACUAGAUGAAAGCUUUAUAUUCCCUGGGGAUGGUGCUUCACAUACUGUUGUACAUUUCCACUUUGUGGUAUUUAGGCCAUUCGUUGACGAGAUUCUCAUCGGCAAAAUAAAAAGUUGUUGCAAAGAAAGUGUUCAAGUGACAAUGGGUUUCUUUGAUGACAUCACCAUUCCAGCAGAGUCCCUACAACAUCCAUCAAGAUUUGUGGAUAAGGAACAGCUGUGGGCCUGGGAGUAUCAAAUGGAAGAGGAGAAACAUGAUCUGUACAUGGAUAUAGGAGAGGAGGUCAGAUUUCGUGUUUCUGACGAGAUAUUUGUAGAUACAACGCCUUCAAGUCCAGAAAAUGCAGCAGGAGAGGAAAUAGCAGACACAGAAGUCAAGAAGGCACCCUACACUAUUGUGGGAACCAUCAGCGAGCCUGGCUUAGGUCUCCUGUCGUGGUGGAACACAGGGUAGAGAUUACUGAAACAGAGCUGUAGCAGGAAUUUCCAUGAAGAAGCUUCUGAAUAUGGAUUGCUUGAAAUGUGAAAAGAACAUCAAACUUGUUUCAAAACAGAAGAUGCUGAAUCACAGGACGUUGAUACUGUAUAAAAAAUACUGGGCACUUGGACAUCCAGUUAGAUGUUACCGGUACAUAUACUCAACAAGGACAGAUAAAAUUCCUGAAACAACAAAUAAAUCCCUCAGUGAGAGGCUAAAGGACAAGAAAGAUAGAACCUCAGAACUCAAAAAAAAAUACUGGAUUAGAGGUAGAGGUAGAUGUUAUUCAGCUGGAGAUGGAGAGAUGGACAUAUGCAUUAUUGGACUGGACUAAAGAGAGAGGUACACUUCAUUGGACUGGACUAAAGAGAGAGGUACACUUCAUUGGACUGGACUAAAGAGAGAGGUACACUUCAUUGGACUGGACUAGAGAUGGAGGUAGACAUUUUUGUACUGGACUAGAGAGAGGUAGACUUAAUUGGACUGGACUAGUGAUGGAGGUAGACAUUACUGGGCUGGACUAGUGAUGGAGGUAGACAUUACUGGGCUGGACUAGAGAUGGAGGUAGACAUUAUUAAACUGGACUAGAGAUGGAGGUUGACAUUAUUAGACUGGACUAGAGAUGGAGGUUGACAUUAUUAAAUUGGACUAGAGAUGGAGGUAGACAUUAUUAAACUGGACUAGAGAUGGAGGUAGACAUUAUUAAACUGGACUAGAGAUGGAG